ACACCGACAUGUGCUAACCUGUAUUUUUUAAUAGAAUAUGGGUCUCAACUAUUAUGAGUUACGUAAAUUAAUUUAAACUAAACAAAAAGGGCAAAUGAAGGAAUAGGAAUAAGGAAUAAAUAAAUCUCGCUGUUUACCAUGCAUCAUGUCGCACCAAUUAGGACGAGUGGUUUCAGAGAUUUUGCACCAAUAUUUUGGUGAAAUUGUGCAAAAAGUUGGACAUGAUUUGUUUAUUUAUGGUACUAAGCCAAUUCCUAUGAUUGUAAAGACUACCGGAUUACCACGUAAACAGGUAGUUGACAGUUUACGUACAUUAGUAAAGUUUGAUUUGGUAUCAUUUGAGCCAUCCUUUAAUGAAGUGGUUGCUGAUUACAAGCUGAACCCUGACAAUGUGCUGCUUCUCAUCAGAUAUCCAAGAUAUCUCCUGCAGAUCAAGACAAAGUUUGGUUCGGAAGCUGAAAUAUUAGUAGAGGAACUCUUGCAGCAAGCAUCAUGUACAGCAAGUUUUUUGUUGGUCACUGUUGCUGCUAAAUAUAAAGAUGACAAGAAGAACAUAACAUUAGUAAAGCUACGAGACGUUUUUAUCAGUAUAGCAACAGCUAGAUAUAUUCAACAAGCACCAGUAGCUGACAAAAGUGAGGUACCUUCACUGGAACCUGUGGCUACCAUAGUCCCAGAUAUUGAUAUCAGACAGCUAGCCCAGGCUAUAGCAACGGAUACAUUAGCUGAUGUUAGUGAUAAUAUUUACUGGAAAGUAAACUUCGAUAGAUUCCACCAGGACUUCAGAGAUGAUAUUAUGGUGAAAGCCAUCACUCGCAGGAUUGAUGAGAAUGCGGGUGAAUUGAUGCAUCUCCUGCUGCAAAAUAUGUACCUGACAUCAGCGGAGUGGGCAGCAGAGUCAAACCCCACGCCAGUCCUGGACCUGCGAGAUGCUGUGGACCGCGCUGACCGCACUGACUGCGACCGCAACCUGCUGCAACAGUACAUGGACCACUAUCUCAGAGUACUAGAGGAGAACGGCGCGGGUUUCCUGGUGCGCGUGGGCGAGGCAGGCGGCGGACAGUACGUGGUGCGCGGCAGAGACGCCGCCACACAGCUGCUGCUGGCCGCACUCGACCACACCGUCACUGAGAGGCUCGGCUCCAAAGCUGCCAGGAUAUUCAGAUUAAUUCGCGCAAAGAAAUACAUAGAGGAAGAUGACAUACAGAAGCACGCGAUGUUACCUAACAAGGAGUGCAAGGAGCUAACAUACAAACUUCUAGAGGAACAUUUUAUUAGUAUACAGCCGAUGCGCAAGGCGGCGUCCUCCGGCGCGAUGGCCAAAGCUGUUUACUUGUAUCAUAUUAAAUUACACGAUGUGGCGCAGAGUCUGCGUGAGAUGUGUUACCGCGCGCUGCACAACACGCUGCGGCGCGCUCAGCACACGCGCGCAGCUCACGCCCGCCUGCUGGACAAACAGCGGCGCGUGCGCACCAUCGUGCACACCAUGCGCGUGCGCGGGGAGCCGCAGCAACAUAUCGAUGACGUGGAGGAGACUCUGACGCCUCCGGAGCUGUCCACGUUGAAAGACGUGGAGGCGCGCCUCAAGCAGCUGAGCGCUGCGCAGCUCGCUCUAGACAAGAACCUAUUUAUACUCAAUUGGUACUUCAUGUACCCACAUUGAAAACUAUCCACAAAUCUCUGUGAUAACUGAAGAUCAUCUGUGCUGUGAGUCUCAGCGACUCUUACAAUGUUCCGAGGAGAUAAAUUAUUUGAUAUCCCUGAUACCUUACUAAUAAUAUAAAUGCUAAUAUUUGGAUCUUGCUGAAAUUUGGCAUAGAUGUAGAACAUAAUCUGGAAGAACACAGGCUACUAAGUUUUUUUUCAAACGCGCGAUCGAAGUCGCAGGUGAUAGCUAGAAAGCUAUGAAAGUGAAAGUGUUAUAAUUUUUAUGAAUAAGUUUCAAAAAAGUGUUUUGGAAAAUCAUUAUAAAGUGAACAGUGAAGUGUCAAGUCCAUAAAAGUGUUUAGAAAAAGUGAUUUUUUAGGGAAGUGAAAAUAAAAAUACGUUAUACAUUCUUAAAAUUUUAUUUGACCCCAUCGAAACAUAUUCGUUCAAACAAUGUACAACCUAUUAGUGUCACAUACAAAACAUUCCGAUGUCAUGCAGACGAAAGCGAAACUACCUCCAAUACAUAAAUGACUUCGACGACUCGAAACUCGACGAUCCAUCUAACUGGUAAGUGAUCAACAUGUUUAUAAUUUAAUAUUAACAAUUAUAUAGAUUAUGUAUGGUACGUAGAUAAAACACCUGUUAUACAGACACCUAAUAUUAUUUUAUUACAUCAUAAAUACCGUUGUAUGUUGUCAUUCAAUCUAUAAUUUAAACUAAUAAUCAUAGAUAUAUAACCUAUACAUAGAGAGAAUCCAGCGGGGUUAGACAAAGUUAUUGUCAGUUCUAUUAAUUUUCGAAGUUCGUCAUAGAAUUGCUUUGGAGCGAAUGCAUUUUGUUUAGCCCCGCAGAACACAUGCUGAAAAAAUCUUCGGAGAUCUUCUGUUAAAUAAUUUUGUUAGUGAAUAUCAACUCUAGAUACGUAACUCUAGAUUGGAUGUCAAACUUUAAUGACACACCCCAUCUAUAUGUUAUAUAACUAUGUUUAAAACUUAAAAAUUCCUGAAUAUAAAAUGUUUUUUGUAUUUAAAAUAAACUAUAUUUAUGGAAGAAUGUUCUAUAUCAAAUAAGGCCCUGUUUAUGCCAAAUUUUACUUAAAUUUUGAAUUAUAAAUUCUGGAAAUAGUUUAAAGAAAUGUUUACUAA